UCAGAAAUUUGGGAGUUCUUUUGCAUUGCCCUUCAGUGACUAAAACCAGAAGUUCAAGGUUUAAGCAUUGCACUUCAAGGGUUAUUCAUCAGCCAUUUCUACAUCCAAGGUACCUUUUCUCAUCCAUCUUUUAAUUAAGGGUUUGAACUACAUAUAAUAAUACUCAGCCAGAUUAGAGAUUAGGGUUUUGCUCAGAGUGAUUUUGUUUGCAAAUUGGAGAUUAGGGUUCUGAACAACUAAUUCUGGGGGUUCGAAGUUUACUAAGGUUUUACUGUUCAAUUUGGGUUAACAAUGGAAGAAACAAGAGAUGCGUCAUAUUCUGAUGGGGAAGAUAGAAUCAGUAGGUUACCGGAUUCCUUAAUCCAUCAUAUCCUGUCUUUCAUUGAUACUAAAUAUGCAGUUCAAACUAGUGUUUUGUCGAAAACGUGGGUUGAUAUUUGGAAAUCUCUACCGUUUCUGAAAUUCGGUAGGAGUUUGUUUUCAGAUGAUAAAAAACAUAGUUUUGUAAUGUUUGUGGAUACGGUAUUCAUUUUUGGCCAAGACUUUGAUAUUCAGAGAUUUAGUGUGCACUGGGAGAACAUUGCGUAUGAUAAUACGAUGCCAGUGCAUGUGAAUAGAUGGAGCCUUAAUGCCGUCAAGUAUAAUGUUCAAGAAGUAAGGUUAGUAAUCACUGAAUGUCAUGAGUCGACAUAUGAAAUUCCUCACCGGCUUCUGAAUUGCAAGUCAUUGAGAAAGUUGGAAAUGGAAGUGCAUGGUAAUGGCAGAUGUGAGAAUAUUGUUCUACCAAGAUCAAUGAAUUUACCUCAGCUUAAUGUACUGUCCUUAUAUGGAUUAUCAAUUUCCAAUUUAGAUUCAUCUAAAAGACUCAUUGCAAGUUGUCCAGUUCUUGAAAGGCUAGACAUAGUUCAUUGUGAUAUACAAACUGAUAAUCAAAGGAAUUUGGUUGUUGAUUCUCUAAGCCUUAAGGAAUUUAUGUAUGUUCAUCGUCAUUUGCCGCAAAAUGAUUCUAUGGUCAACAUUAUCAAGUUAUGUGCUCCAAAUCUGAAAGAAUUCACCUGCAGAUGUCCCUUGUCACUAGAUUAUUCUCUAGAAAACUGUUCUCCCUUAUACGGGGUAACUUUUUGUAUGAAUCUCAAAGAAAAUAAUUAUGAGAAUGCAGAUGCAUAUUCAAAACUGCCUUCAAGGGAAAAAGAAGUGUAUGCUGAACGUAUGAUGAAAUUUCUAGGAGCAGCUUAUAUGGUGAAAGAUAUGUUUUUAUCACCUGGAUUCCUUGAGGUACUCUCACAAGCUGCUAACUUAUUAGGCUGUCAACCAACUCGCUUGUGUAAUCUACAAUAUUUGACUCUGGAAUUGUGGUGUACAAGAGGUUGCUUGCGGGCUAUAGCAUACUUACUCAGCAUUUCUCCUAAUAUUAAUUCUAUUUUCCUUGUAUUGAAGGAGUCAAGUUUAGUGGAUGUUGGAGAUGACUGGGAAGCAGGAUUGUCAGUUCGGGGAAUGUUAUCUCACCUCGAGUAUGUCCAGGUUGAAGACAUGGAAGGAUGUGAUGCUGAAUUCAAACUUCUGAGUUUUCUGUUGAGAAAUGCCAAGGUUUUGAAGGAAGUUGAACUAUUCUUUCGCUCUAGUGUUGGCUCGCCUGAUAGGGUAAUACAAGUUCAGCAAUUUCAAGAUAAGCUAAGAGAAGUUCCUGCAGCUUCUUCCAGUAUCCUAAUGGGGUUUAAAGUAGCUGCACCGUGAUUUUUUCUAGUCAGUAGGAGUCAGGAUGCUUUCUUCUCUGAAUGAAUGCUUAAGUUGUCUAUUUGGGACUUCGUGAAAUGCUAAUUAACUGAUCUUCUGCCUAUUAAGUCUGGAUGAUUUUCAUGAAUUGUUAAUAACCAAUAAAGAGCCCUUUUCAGGUAAUCGCAUGAAGAAGUGCUCUGAAAUCUCCUUACAGAAUUCUUCGGCCUGAAUGAGAUUUAACUAGGAGAAUAAAUGGUCAAAAAUACGCCAUAAAACUAUCAUUAACUUUUUUCUGAAAGAUAAAACCAUCUCAGUUUUAGUCAAUCAACUUUUCCACAAGAAGGAAUUGUUGGAAACCAAAAUCCAAUUUAUCCCUAUGAUAGGAAGUAGUUAUUCAAAUUUAGGACCAAAACAUCCUCUCUACGACUUUACCUUUGGGACGUGCC